AUGGCGACGAUGAAAAGUUUGAUAGGUCUGAUUAACAAAAUCCAGAGGGCUUGCACUGUCCUCGGAGAUCAUGGCGGUGAAGGAAUGUCUCUCUGGGAAGCUCUCCCAACCGUCGCCGUCGUUGGUGGCCAGAGCUCCGGAAAAUCUUCAGUUCUAGAAAGUGUUGUGGGAAGGGAUUUUCUGCCUCGUGGAUCUGGUAUCGUUACAAGGAGGCCAUUGGUGUUGCAGCUUCAUAAGACUGAAGACGGGACAACCGAGUAUGCUGAGUUUCUUCAUGCUCCUAAGAAGAGGUUUGCUGAUUUUGCUGCUGUGCGAAAGGAAAUUGAGGAUGAAACUGAUCGUAUUACUGGGAAGUCGAAACAAAUCUCAAACAUUCCUAUUCAGCUGAGCAUAUACUCUCCUAAUGUUGUUAAUCUGACGCUCAUAGAUCUUCCGGGUUUGACGAAGGUUGCUGUAGAUGGACAACCAGAGAGUAUCGUCCAAGACAUUGAAAAUAUGGUCCGCUCUUAUGUUGAGAAGCCAAAUUGCAUCAUAUUGGCUAUUUCUCCAGCUAAUCAAGAUAUUGCAACCUCAGACGCCAUAAAACUUGCUAGAGAAGUUGAUCCUACAGGUGAAAGAACUUUUGGAGUGGCAACCAAGCUUGAUAUCAUGGAUAAAGGAACAGAUUGUCUAGAUGUUCUUGAGGGAAGGUCAUACCGUUUGCAACAUCCCUGGGUCGGAAUUGUGAAUCGUUCACAGGCUGAUAUCAACAAGAGGGUUGAUAUGAUUGCUGCGCGUAGGAAGGAGCGUGAAUAUUUUGAAACAAGCCCUGAAUACGGGCAUUUAGCCAGUAGGAUGGGAUCAGAAUACCUAGCAAAACUCUUGUCUCAGCACUUGGAGACUGUUAUCAGGCAGAAAAUCCCCAGUAUUGUCGCUUUGAUCAACAAAAGCAUUGAUGAGAUAAAUGCAGAGCUGGACAGAAUUGGAAGACCUAUCGCUGUAGAUUCAGGGGCCCAACUUUACACAAUCUUGGAACUCUGUCGGGCAUUUGAUCGUGUCUUUAAGGAGCACUUGGAUGGAGGACGACCUGGUGGAGACCGGAUUUAUGGAGUUUUCGACCAUCAGUUACCAGCAGCCUUAAAGAAACUUCCCUUUGAUCGACAUCUGUCUACCAAAAAUGUUCAGAAGGUUGUUUCAGAAGCAGAUGGUUAUCAGCCACAUCUUAUUGCUCCUGAACAAGGAUACAGAAGGCUCAUUGAUGGAUCUAUAAGCUAUUUCAAAGGACCAGCUGAGGCCACUGUCGAUGCAGUUCAUUUUGUAUUGAAAGAGCUGGUCAGGAAGUCGAUUUCAGAAACAGAGGAGCUGAAGCGAUUCCCGACUCUAGCAAGCGAUAUAGCAGCAGCAGCAAAUGAAGCUCUUGAAAGAUUCAGAGACGAAAGCAGGAAAACGGUUCUGCGUCUGGUGGACAUGGAAUCCAGCUAUCUCACGGUUGAGUUCUUCAGGAAACUUCACCUCGAACCCGAGAAAGAGAAACCAAACCCGAGAAACGCUCCACAGCCAAACGCAGACCUCUACUCCGAUAAUCACUUCAGAAAGAUCGGAUCGAACGUGAGUGCGUACAUAAACAUGGUCUGCGACACAUUGAGAAACUCUCUUCCCAAAGCUGUUGUUUACUGCCAAGUCAGAGAAGCUAAGAGAUCGCUCCUCAACUUCUUCUACGCUCAAGUCGGCAGGAAAGAGAAGGAGAAGCUGGGGAAUAUGUUGGACGAAGACCCACAGCUGAUGGAACGAAGAGGAACCUUAGCGAAACGGCUAGAGCUUUACAAACAAGCUAGAGACGACAUCGAUGCCGUGGCUUGGAAGUAA